AUUGACGUUGUCCAGACAUAGUCGUUUGCCGUCAUCAACAAAAGCAUUUUUCAUCAUCGGCGGUCAUUGAUUCGUCAAUUGUGCCAGCAUAAGGAAACAUUAUUUUGAGCUAUAUAAAGGACUUUAUCCUUCUACGAGUUAUUGGCGCUAGGCAAUUCGUGAAGAGUGGUCGCAAAGUGUGGCAUAGCCGUUUAUAAACCAAUUAUGGUAUCUGUAGCAUUCAUGCUUCUCACGGUGUCAACACUAGCUGUCCACGGGAAAUAUGUGUUCAAAGUUGAUCCGAACACACAAAACGGAUGCAAUGGGAAGACCUUCUGUGACAUAAAGCCGGCUGACUAUCCGGAGCAGGAGAUCGAUCGGCUUCUCAUGAAAGAAUUGCCUACGCUUCAUCGAUUAAAAAGAGAGGUGGCGACAGAAAUACCAAAAAUUGCAUCUGGGGGCCCUGGCGGCAAUUGUAAAACAGUCGUGGAGAUAAAGAAACCAUAUGUACUCACUAGCGAAGGCCAGGUUCCUCAAAUAGUCGUGCAAUCGAAGUUUUUCGAGCAAACAAUACCCCACGUGACGUGUGAGAGCAUAACCCAAAGUUGCUUCGAAAACUUAUUGCGAAAUGAUCCCAGCACCAAGACAAUGUGCAAACAAAAGGUCAUCAGCACGAAGUUAUUCGUAUACGAUACGCAAAAUAAUAAAAUAGUACCGAUUGUCGGCGAAAUUCCUAUAGACUGUGUAUGUGAAACCUACUUCACGCUAGGCGAGAAAUGAGACACCAGCGCGCUGCUGAUAUACCACCGGGCAUGACAUUCUCGUACCAGUUACGUGUCCGUGCAUGGUUGCCGCUCUCGCAUUAGAUUUUAUAGUAAUUUGUAUAGUGCCCCAUUCUUACCAUUGGCCUUCGAAUCUAUCACAGAUUCACAGACUAUACAAGCAGUGUCAGGUAGGGUGACAACGUUUUUCAUGGCUGUGUAAAGCUUGGUCCACACUUGUAUCAUUGCUGCGUAUCGUCGUAGUUCGGACACGUAUCAUGAUCAUUAGUGCGGACGCAAAAAGACCGCGAUUAUGCAACGCGCCGUAUCUGAUCGACGCAAUCCAUGUUGCUACGCGAUUAUUCAAUACCCCUCACACUCGCGAUCGGAUACGCGUAUCAUGAUCGGUAAGUAUGGACGUGUUUUGACACUGUAUCAUGAUACGCAGUUAUGAUCGGAUACGCGAUACGCCGCGAUCCAUCUCGAGUCGGUUUUUCUCCGAUCAUCAAAGGGGAUAGGGACACGCUUUUGACAAGUUUGUACGUGUACCGAUCCAAGCAUCGAUCAGAUCAAUGGCAAUAGUUUCUUGUGUUUAUAUAUUGUAUUGUGUUAUAAUAUGGAUAUCGUUAUUUAACCUUCUUGUUAUUAUAGUCGGUCAAACAAGUUUGUCAGUAAAAAAGGCGCGAAAUUCAAAUCUUCUAUGGGACGAUAACCCUUUGCGUCUACAUUUUUUGAACAGCACACAGCUCAGGGGGCCUAGCCAAGAUAUCAAUCAUUUGCGCUACGACAGCGAAAUACUGUAUGUUUCUCUAUAACUCUUAGGUACAUAUUAGUGAGAUAGAGAGACAGGAUAGCGGUUCGUUGUUGUAGCGCAAACAAUUGACAUCUUGGCUAUGCACCUUGUACAGACGAACGAUCGCAGAAAAAAAAAGGCAAAAUGAUACGAUGCGAGUGAUACGGUAUGCCAAAAGUGAGCGUCCAUACUUAAUGAUUCGGCAUUAUGAUACGAUACGCCCCGCUACGCUACGGUUAGUAUGGACGCAUUUUUUCAUGCCACGAUAGUUACUAGUGAUACGGCAUGUCCAAAGUGAGCGUCAAUACUUACGAUACGCGACCCCGAUACGAUACGCAUGAUCGUGAUCGGCAAAAUGAUACAAGUUUGGACUCAACUUAAGCCAAUACAAGAGCGGAAAAUACGACCAAAAGCCCAAGUGUAAUGUGCCAGUGUAAUGUGCCUGUGGCGAACAGGUGUCACAUUGACGACUCACUCACUCACACACGCACUCUUAUCGAUGCUUGUUAAUCCAGCAUAUUAGUAAUAAAGGCCAUUGACGAUGAUGAUGAUGAUUAGGGCAGGAGCGUUGGUAUCCUAGCGGUAAGACUGGCGGUCAAUCCGGAGGUUGUGGGAACCCGAGCUUGUAACAAGAAGUCUUUUUUAAUCAAGAAGGUUCUUCAAAUUAUUAACAAACCCGUGCAAGGAGUGCAUGGUCACGAUCCUCAGUAGUGAGAGAACGACUAGAAAGAAGAUCGUUUUAUAUUUACCAGCUUAUAUUUACUCGCUUUUCAUUGAAGGAAAACAUCAUGAAGAAACACAACUAAGCCUUUUUUCCCGUCGAGCUGGAAGGGAAGGCCAGAUGACAGUAUCUUUCAUAAAAACUAUGCCCGGUGGCCGAGGUGACCUCAGACUUUAGUGGCCGAAUUAGAAAACUGGGAUUAUGCCUUAGAGAAGGUGAUGAUCUCAUCAUGAUAUCUAUCAGGAGAGCAUUUGUUCGGAUUAUUCCUAGUAACGAUGUCCAGACAGUGAUCAGAUCAAAUUCUGUGUUUAUAACAAGCCAUUGCUAUUAAACUCUAGUAAGGCACUAAACACACGGUGGACGUGUUUACGCUCGCUUCAUUGUUUUACCUAAUGAUAAAGCACGCCGCAGUGGAUUUUAUUUAAAUUUAACUUUUGUUAUAUUGUCUCAUAAAUAGAUAGAUUCAGUAUUAUUACGAAAUUGAAACUUAUUGAAAUUCAUUCUUGCAUUUUUCAUUCAAUAAAAUAUUAUUUUUGUGUGAUCAA